AUUGACGCCGCCGUAUUUCCAGCCGCACAAACGCUUUCGAGCACUGGCCUCUUCGGCUAGAUAAGUUUAUAUGAACUGCAGUCCAACAUCCUGCUCUCCAGAGGGAAGGAAGCAUUCCGACCGCCUACGCCGGGAAUUUUCUCCAAACAAAAGGACUUUGUCACGGAUUGCAGCUGCUGGCACACGGUUGAGUGUCCCACGCUCAUGGACCAAGCGGCCUGGUGUCUUCUCCUCGGAGCCAUGUGGACUCUCCUGGACCGGGGAUCUCUAUUCCCCCUGCCGAACUGCGGGGAAACUUUAGAACGAAACCUAACAACAUCGCAGCCCGUCGACGUUGAACAAAACGAGGACCGAUCCCUUGAGAAUGUCAUACAUGGCUUUCCCCAGCCCGUCGAGUGGGACUAUGGAAAUAAUUUUCAAAAAAUUGGCAGGGAUGAUAACGGUUUAUCGCGAGAAGUCAUCAUCGCCAUCGCAGUGGGCAUCGGCGUCGCCUUCAUCUGCGUGGUAGCCUUGGCUGUCUGCUGCUGCCGAUAUCCAUGCAGAAAGAAGCUGACAACGGACGCUCACCAAGUGCCUCAGACGCUGCCGAUGACAGGAGGUCAAACGACGGACCCUGCAUUGCAAGAGACUUACCUUCAGCACCAACACUGGCCCCCCGAGGGCUACAAGGACCCCUGUGAAACGAACGAUGUCAGCGAAUUCGUCAAUCCCUUGGCCGUAAUGGAACCUGCAGCCCCGCCCCAUACUGAAAACGGAAUGAACCGAUACUAAAAUGCUGUUCGAGGACAGUGACUACAAGCCGGCUCCUGAAGCCCGACUCGAAGACGUCGAUGGCUCAUUCACCUUUCAUGGGUUGCCCAGUAGGGUGCUUUAUGGUACCUACUGACCGGGGAGGCGGUACGCUCCAUUUUACAUAUACAUCUUGGCAUGAGGUGAACCCAGGACAAGGGAAAGGAAGGUUGGGGAGGAGGAAGCAGACGAAAUGCCGGAGAGGAGAGGGGAAACAUACCCCUCUCUCUUGCAUUCCGUUUGCUUCCUCGUCCCCAGCCUUCGUUUUCCUCGCCCUGGGUUCUUGACCUACCACCGACUAUAGAGCGACAUAAUAUAGCUACGAUCAUAGUAUCUGCACUAUACAUAUUCCCCGACUAUCUCGCGAGAGUUGCUUUUAUUUCUUUUUUUUUUUUUUUUUGGGGGGGGGGGAGGUGCUUGGCACAGAGCAGCAGCGAUUGGCGAUAAAUACAAUUCAUAAAUUCCUCCCACCUCUAUGCACUGUAGCAGAGCGAACGCUGGAGAGGUGGUCGCCUCCUCUCCAGCGUUUACUCUGUUAAAGUGGGGAGGGGUACGAGGAGCCAGGGCUGGAGAGAGAUACUCCAAAAACUAAUCGGGAAUACAAGUACUGAGAUACAUGAGUUUUAAGGCCCAAAAUGCAGAUACUGAGAUACAUUUGUCUUUUAUGCAACGGGAUAUUCCUGAGAUACUUCCGCAAAACCGGCAAAAAUGUAUUCCGGAAUACAGACACAGAUACUCAUAGAAAUACAUUUGUUCCCGAACGAUGCUAGGUGGGAAGGGUGUAUGUAGUUCGGGGCGAAAACGAAUGGUACUUUGUGCUUGUGCUUCUUUUUUGUGCCAUUUUAUGCUGUUCCCCUUACCUCGAACUCUUUAUUUAUCAUUAGUGCCGCUAAAAAAAACAUGCCCCCCCCCCUCCCCCCCCGGUUGAACCAGAUUUUUACAGAACGGUAAAGACUUCGUGCCAUUCUUGACAAAAGACGUCUGCUAGAAAUGAACCCUUUUUUUGUCAAGAGGGAGCAUCUCAAACUGUCGCUUCUGAGUCACCCAUAGUGUGGGGAGAUUGGACAACAAGGUCGUACUUUUUCGUCACUCAAAUGCUUUUUAGCGUUCUCUUUGCUAAAUUGGAAAGAGUGGAGGGCUUUCUGAGAGGAGCUGAUUUUGUUAUUCUUGCCGGUAACCUUCUUAAAACCAGUUCUUUUUAAUGACGGUGACUGAGAUGGAUCAAGCGGGUUCAUAUUAUAAAUUACGAAGCAACUUGCACUAAACAGAUGUUUUUUUUAUAUUUCAAAUUUAUCCUAAAAAGGACAACAAAUGGAACGAGAUACCCAAAUCCGGCAAAGUAUCGCGAUACAAACGCUACUGGGAUACAAAUACAUUUUUCAAAUGUGUCUCGAUACAGAGAUACAGUCUAGCAGGUCAACUGGUGGCACGGCAACUUGUCACAUAGGACAGGGUUUCCAAACUGUGGACAUCGGACCAAAAGGGGCCCGUACUGAUUCGAGGGUCGCUUCACUGGAUAAAAAACGUCGCGAGGUUCACCCUGGAACCUAACGUUUUAGCGAGUUUCUCCUGCUUCGAUAUUUGCUACAAUUAAUGAUAACAAUGUAUUACAAAAAUCUUUGUAUCUGCUUGUCCUGUGGAUGUCAAUGGCGGAAUACAGGACUAAUUCUCAACCCAACAUCUUAGAAUUUCUUCAAUCGACCCUGACAUUAGCACAUUGACCUCUUCGCAUAAUACAAAAAGAUAGAUAACGUUUGUUUAUACCAUAAUGUUGGUUUAUAUACAUUCAAGGUACCUACCCAUGACAGAGGAUAGGAACCGCGCAGAAAGUACAAGAAACAUUAAAUACAUUUCAAGUGA